AUAUAAAUAGACAAACAAUAACAUAUUAGACUGUGUGUGUGAAAGAGAUGAACCGAGUUGGAACCAUAACUCAAGGAAGGAAAUGGAGAAUGCAACAACCAAUUCUUCAUGUGAAGAGGAACAAAAACAAGAUGAGCAUGCAUCUGCACCACAGACACAAGAAGCAGGAGGAUGGCGAUCAGUCUACUACAUUAUUGGUAAUGAGUCGUUUGAAAAAUUGGCAUCAAUGAGUUUGAUAUCGAAUCUGACGAUGUACCUGCUAACGAGGUACAAUUUGAGUGCGAUAUUUGUGGUGAAUGUGGUUCAAAUUUGGAAUGGAUCAUCCAAUGUUGCAUCUAUAAUCGGUGCUUUCAUUUCUGAUACUUAUUUGGGAAGGUUUCGCACUCUCUUGUUUGGCUCCAUUGCAUCACUUCUGGUAAGCAAAUCAAUCAUCACAUCAAUGUCACAAUUACCAGGAUAAUGUUUUAUUUCAUUAUUAUAUUUCCCCUUUUGGUAGUGUAACAUUAACAAAUUAGGAUUUAUGUCAAGGAAUUACUCUAAUGAACUUUUAAGUUGAAAUAAGUUAAAACCCAAGAGAUAUAUUUUGAUAGAAUAAAUUAUCAUUUCUGAUCAUAAACAAUAUCCAAUGCUUAUAAUUUUGACUUUGAUACUCAUUAAAUUGGGUAGUUUUAUAGUUACAUUAGUUUAUAUCU